AUGUGGCUCCUGUUUUCAUGGCUCCUCUGCGGGUGCGCUGCUUUUCCAAGGAGUUCUCCUGCGCUGGAUGAACACCUUCUUUCCGAGGUCCUCUUCCCAACAAGGCCGCGGCUGCACAGCGAUGCGCGCGUCGACGGCAGCUCUCACUUGACAGGACACAAACUGGCAUCGCUGGUUGAUGCCAACCCCUUCGAGAGUGCCACAACAAAUCGCACAUCUCACGAGCACCACAAUGCGAGCAAGAAGCUGCUGAACACCCCGCAGAAGGAGCAUGACAAGAUGUUUGUCCUGUCACACUUCUGGCUACCGAUCCUGCUGGUGUCGUCGCUCCUUUUCGAGGCGCUCCACCUCAACUGGUCUGAAGUGGACUGGUCCAGGAGCGCACAGAGGGCCGAUGCUGCCGAAGGGGCAGAGGAGCACGUGGACACCAGCUUCGCCGGCCUCACUGUGAAGCUCCUCCGACGAGCGGAUAGCCUGGCGAGGAUCUACUUCGACGGCGCCGGUCGAGUCAAGGGCCGGUCCUACAUGCUGAUGCUGGUAUGCCACAGCCUCUUCGGCCAGUAUCUCAACCUUGCACUAUGGCGGCGCUUGGGUGUGAAUUUCGACUACAUGAGCCGGUUCUUCAACUUCUACCAGCAUCCCAGCCAAGCGGUCUUCGUGGCGCUGAUGAGCAACUGGUUUGUCCUGUACGGAAGCAUGUGCCUCACGGCCGCCCGGAUGCAGCUCAAGCAAGUUGAGGCUGUCUACUCCCAGUACAUUGAGAGCAUGCUCUUCGUCCACUGGAAGGACCACAUGACGCGCUACUUCGAGCAUAUCUGGGUGCCACACAGCUACGCCUUCAAGAUGAAGGAUGACGCUGGGAUGUGA